AUGGAUGCCUUCGAGAGCAGCAUACCUUUCAGAAACGCGUUGCGAGAGGAACGUUGCCAGCACGUGGCCCGAACGGCAAAGUCUAAAAUUGUGCUGGAGGUGCGGAAAAUGAAGUGCUCCUACUUCAAGUCCGUCUGGAACAUCCUCGACAUCCUGGUGAUAGGGAUAGCGACGCUCUGCAUCGCGUUCUCCGUCUACCGCACCAACUCUGUCGACGACAAGAUCGAGUCGCUGCUCAAAGACGAUAUCCAGUACGCCAAUUUCGAGCUGCUCGGCUUCUACCAGACCCAGUUCAACGCGGCAGUAGCCAUGUGUGUGUUUUUCGCCUGGAUCAAGCUCUUCAAGUACAUCAGCUUCAACAAGACCAUGACACAGCUCAGCAGCACCCUCUCCCGCUGUGCAAAGGACGUCAUGGGCUUCGCCAUCAUGUUCUUCAUCGUCUUCUUCGCCUUUGCUCAGCUCGGCUACCUCCUCUUCGGCACCCAGGUUCGCGACUUCAGCAGCUUCGGCAACGCCACCUUCACCCUGCUGCGGACCAUCCUCGGCGACUUCAACUUCCACGAGAUCGAGGCCGCCAACCGAGUGCUCGGUCCCAUCUUCUUCCUCGCCUACGUGUUCUUCGUCUUCUUCGUGCUGAUGAACAUGUUCCUGGCCAUCAUCAACGACACGUACAGCGAGGUCAAGAACGAGAUUUCGGCCCAGAAGAACGAGUUUGAGAUCGCUGACUACUUCAAGCGCGGCUACAACAACAUGAUGGGCAAGCUGGGCAAGCGUGACAAGCUGAUUGACAUCCAGAACGCGCUGAAACUGGCUGACACGAACAGCGACGGCAUCUACUCCUUCGACGAGAUCCGCAAGAACCUCAAGAAGUGCAACUUCUCUGACCUGGAGAUCGAGAUGUUCUUCGCGCGAUACGACCUGAACGGCGACCGGACCCUGGGGGAUGACGAGGCGCGUCUCAUGAUGGCUGACCUGGAGGACCAGAAGCUCGAGCUCGACCGUGAGAUCGGGAGGCCGACGUCCGGCCGUCGCUCCCGGCCCGGCUCCGCGUACGGAGGGGGAGGCGGCGUCAACCCCGAGGAGUUCAACUCGCUGACCCGCCGCGUGGACCGCAUGGAGCACAGCAUCGGCUCCAUCGUCUCCAAAAUCGACGCCGUGCUCAUCAAGCUGGAGGGCAUGGAGAAGUCGAAGCAGAAGAAGAAGGAGACGAUGGGCAAGAUGCUGGACCAGAUCUCGGACGACCCAAGCGCGGACGACAAGUCCAAGCGGCACCAGAUGGAAAAGCUGGUGCGGGAGGAACUGGAUCGCUGGGACUCUGAUCCCAACAUGAAGGGCAGUAAGUAGAGAGGCCGGGUGGUGAGCUCGCUCGCCGGGUCGCGCUAGAGGGAGAGAGGACGUCCCCGCAGGCGCCGACCGGCGCAGCGUCCCGCCGCGAGGCGGCGCCAGCAUCGCCCGA